AUGAAACCUAUUGAUUCGGACCCCAAAGGCAAGAAGAAAGAGGAGGUGGAUCUUUCAAUUUUUAAGUCUACAGCUAACUAUUCCUCUGCGAGUAUCCAGGAGAAGACGGCAAAAACAAAAAAGGCAGCAGAUACCAAUACUCCUUUUUUGGAUUUUUCGGACGUUCGCAACGGUGAUAUGUCUAUUGUGGAUGAUGGAUCUCAGAUGGAUGGAGAAUUUCUCAGGACACACUUUACGGAGGCUAAACAGAAAUUUGAUGAACUAGCAAUGUACGUCCAGGUGAACCGACAAGCACUUCUGGAGGAAGCAACGGUGAAACAACAAAGAUCAAUGGCUAUCGCAAAAUCUUUGGAAUAUUUGGCUCCCGCUGAUUGUAUCCACUUACAGAUACUCAUCUCUGAACAGCAAGACCAAGCUCACGAGGUACAUCGCAUUGUCAAAAAUUUGGAUGGCCAGGUAAACAAUGAAAGGUCUAGAUUGAAUCAGGUACUUACGUAUCUUUUACAUUCUAUACCGGGUAUGGACUUGACCCGAAUGGUUCAUGAACUUCAAUGGCCGACACUCUCGGUUUGUAGAGAUCUGGAUCUUCCUUAUGAUUAUCAGCUGAUGAUUACUGGCGCUUACAACCCUCCCCACAUUGUCAAGGAUGAACAAGGAAAACACAAGCUUCAAGAAAAGACGGAAAGCGACGAGUUGAAGCUGAUGCAACAACGAAUCCUACUUUUAGAAUCUCAACUGCAACGAGCUCAAGUCAACACUCAAUGUCACAGUGGCGUGAAUGACCACGAAUUGCAGCGAACCACAUUACUUAAACCAGAGAAUAAGGAAAACAAGGCUAUGAACCAACAACGGGUCUUUUUAGAAAGACGGAAACGACAUAAAUUUCCUACUUUUGAAAAAGGAUCGGCUCAUGAGGCUCAACAAUGGAUGCAAAGGUAUGAAGUACUGGCUAAAUAUCUGGGGUUUACCGAAGAUAAAAAAUCGGAGGAGAUGACGGCAGUUCUUACGGGUGAUAGCAUGGACUGGUUAAUCGGGUUAGACCCAACGAGCUAUAAACAAGGAAACAAGCCCAUGAAAGAAUUCGGUCCAGGCAUUACUACACUGUUACAACGUGCCGGUAUUUAUCAGGCCAACAUCCAACUGGAUUAUCUUAACGAUCAAUUACACCCAGAAUUGGAAAAGGCAGUCAUCAUGAACCGUGCUCAAACUCUGGCCGACGGUAUACACAUCGCUACGGAAAUAGAACGUUCACUGGCCAAAUCUAAAUUAUCUAAUACCUACAUGGGCCCAAUCACAAAUUACUGA